AUGGCUUCCUCGGACGCUCAGCGACGCCACUACCAGGCCCCGCGUACGAUGAGCCACGUCACAUCGAUGGUCAACGAGCCGUUUCCGAGUCCCAACGCGCUGUCGGCGGCGACCAAGUCGCACGUCCAGGGCCGGUUCCGUAUCUCGACGCGCAAGCUGCCCAUCUCCAAGUCCGGCCCCAUAGACGACCUGACGGAGCGCAUCGGGAUUCCCAUGCCUGAGAUGAUCUUCGGCGACAACCUCGUGUCGGUGGAGCACAUACCCACGGGCUGGUCCGUGGCCUUCUCGACGCCCGACGCCCUCGACGCCGUGGACAAGACGGAGAAGAAGAUGCUCAGGGUGGCGUACGCGCGCGACUGGGAGAGCACGCGCGAGGACCAGACCCAGAAGAUCAAGGAGGCCGUAAAACCCUACGACUGGAGCUACUCGACCGAGUACAAGGGGACCGUAACCAACAGCAAGAGCAAGGGCAAGAGCGAGGGCGAGGGCGAAGGCGAGGGCGCCGCGAACGGCGUGGGCCGUACACCCGUGCUGGCACCCACGAAAGAGGUCAUACCCAUCGAGUUGCUCAAGCGCCGCGACCCCAUCCUCUUCUUCGACGAGGUGGUCCUAUACGAGAGCGAGCUCGACGACAACGGCAUCUCCAUCUACAGUGCCAAGCUGCGCGUCCACGAGAGACGCAUGCUCCUCCUCUGCCGGCUGUUUAUGCGCCUCGACAACGUCCUCGUGCGUAUCCGGGACACGCGCAUAUAUGUCGACUUCGAGACGGACCUCGUCAUUCGGGAUUAUACUGCCAAGGAGGCCAGCUUUGAUGAAGUAAAGAGGAGACUCCUCAUGACCGGCCGCCUACCAGACGACAUAACCAUUUCCCUACGAGAUCCCAACGUGUUAGACCAGUUUCUCAAAGUCGUCGAGCAUGAGACCGAGGCAGUCCACCUGAAAGACUAUUCUUGA